AUGACUGCUAUCAAGGAUAAAAUGGAGGCGAAUAAUCCGGAAUUAGAAGAAUUACCGGAAAUGGAACAACUUCGUCGUCAUGAAGUGGUAGAUCCAACAUGCCGUGGUGCUAAUUUGUUGAGAAUACCGCAAUAUAACAAGGUAUCAUUUAUACCAACCGAUUUCGUUAUCAAGUGUAAGUAUAUUUGUCAAGGAAUGGCCUUUAGUCUGUCUGAGCGACAACAUCUGGGAAUUCAUGGUCUUCUGCCAGCGGCAUUUGAAACUGAAGAAUUACAAGUUUAUCGAGUGAUUAGUCAAUUACGAGCGGAAAAUGAUAACCUUAAAAAAUACAUCAUUUUAGAUAAUCUUCAGGAUCAAAAUGAGAAACUUUAUUAUCGUACUGUUAUUGAGCAUAUUCAAGAGCUAUUACCCAUUGUUUACACACCAACUGUUGGUUUGGCUUGUCAAAAAUUUGGUUAUAUUUUUCGGCGACCAAAAGGUAUUUAUAUAACAAUAAACGAUAAUAGUGUGAGUAAAAUCUAUCAAAUAUUGAGUAAUUGGCCAGAACAUGAUGUCAGGGCUAUUGUUGUCACAGAUGGUGAACGCAUUCUUGGUUUGGGUGAUUUAGGCGCAUAUGGCAUGGGUAUACCAAUUGGUAAACUAGCAUUGUACGUAGCACUUGGUGGUGUUAAACCUAAAUGGUGUCUUCCAGUUCUUCUUGAUUGUGGAACAGAUCGUGAGGAACUGUUGAAAGAUCCAUUUUAUAUUGGAUUAAGACGGAAGCGAAUACGUGGUGCUGAAUAUGAUUUAUUGAUUGAUAAUUUUUUAAGAGCAUGUGUUAAGAGAUUUGGUCAAAAAACACUAAUACAAUUUGAAGAUUUUGCGAACAUCAAUGCAGGGCGCCUAUUAGCAAAGUACAGGAAUAAGUAUGCGACAUUCAACGAUGAUAUCCAAGGAACUGCAUCAAUUGUUAUUGCUGGUUUGUUAUCAUGUGGAAAUAUUUUGCAAAAAAAGAUGAAUGAACAAAUAUUUUUGUUUUUAGGCGCUGGAGCGGCAGCAACAGGUAUCGCCGACAUGUGUGUACUAGAGAUGCAGCAUGAAGGUAUGUCAGCAAAGGAUGCAUAUGAGCGCAUAUUUCUCAUCAAUAGCAAAGGAUUAAUUACCGUAAACAGUCCAAUAGUAAAACCAGAACAUCAAAAAUACGCGAAAGAAAUGCCACAUAUCACGGAUUUGCUCGAGAUCAUCGAUAAAGUACGGCCAACCGGUAUCAUUGGUGUAUCAACCGUUCACGGUGCUUUUUCUGAGCAAAUAAUACGGAAAAUGGCUGAACUAAACGAACGACCGAUCAUUUUUGCAUUAUCAAAUCCGACCAGCAAAUCUGAAUGUACUGCUGAAGAAGCAAUUCGAUACACUAAAGGGAAAGUAUUGUUUGCAAGUGGUAGUCCAUUUCCAGAAGUUAUUUAUGAUGGAAAGCGUUACAAGCCUGGACAGGGGAAUAAUUCCUACAUUUUCCCGGGAGUUGGUUUGGGUAUUGUGCUAUUUGAAGUGCGAAAUAUCGUCGAAGAAAUAUUUUUGAUCGCUGCGAGGAAAGUCUCAUCCAGUGUAACCGAAAGAGAUAUAAGUUUUGGUCGUAUCUAUCCCAGUCUUCGCAGAAUUCGAGAAAUUUCAGCUGCAAUAGCGUUAGAAAUUGGAGAAUAUAGCUAUCAGCAUGGAAUAGCUGGUCUAUAUCCAAAACCGGAAAAUAUGGAACAAUAUAUUCAAUCACAGAUUUAUUCCGUACAAUACGAUGAAUUGAUUUGUAAACAAUAUAGUUGGCCAAUUGAGGAUACGAAAAGAAACAUACCUGUUCCAUCAACCGAAGAGAGCAGUAAUUAA